UUUUAUUGAGCAGCUGCAGCAGGAAACAGUCUGACUGAUCAGGAUCUACAGUCUGGGAUCCUGCAGCUCCUUCAGUCAGACUUUAAAGUCAAACUGGAAUCACUUCAUUCCUUCAACAACUUGUUUUUCUAUCGUUUAGCUCAAACAUUGAGCUGCUCUUUCAGUUUUAAACUGUUAAAUAUAAUUUAGUUUCAGACUCUUUGUCAGUGAUGCCUUGUUGUUGUUGAUUUAUUAAUCUGUGACAUCAGUUGAGAUUUAUGUGUCAAUGUUUGGAGUUGCUUUUCUAAAGUCUUCUUAAAUUAAUUUCUAUGUUAAACUGAGUGAAUGUGAUGGUCUGAAGAUUCUAGUCAAAGUCAAUCUGUAUGUUAGUGUUGUGCAAUUAUGAUUUUUUGUUUAUAAAUAUAUAUAUAUAAUUAAAAUCAUAAUUCAUCAUUUAUAACAUUUAUAACAUUAUAUUAUAACACAUCAAUUAAUCAACUUUUUCAUGAAGGAGGAAGUUAAAUUAUUCAAUUCCUUCUCCUGCUGGAUGGGAUCAUUUGUCUUUAUGUUGGUUAGUUGUAAUAAAUAAAGUUAGAACCUUUCCCUGAAUGUCCAAAAUGAAAGCAGUUGGACUGUUGUCAUGGUUACUGUUCCUCCUCUUUCUGUACCUCCUCCUACCUGUCUCUUUAGGCUCCGCCUCCAUCUCAGGUGAAGUUCUGACUGGUUCCAGGAAGCUGCUCUGCUGCCUCAGAGUCUGUUUUCUUCAAGUCUUCUUCUGUUCUCUGUCUUGCUUAAAGAAACCCUCCAUGUGUGUGAGCUGAUGUGAACUGAGCAGCAUGGAUCAGUGUGAGGACAGAGAGGACAGAGUCCCUCCCUCUAAAACCACUCUGUGUGGAGAACAUGAGGACCAGAGCAAAGUUCAGAGGAACCGAUCAGAACCAGAACCUGGACCUGGACCCAGCUGUGUGUCCUUAAAGAGCAACAGGUCAAAGGAUCCUUUUAUUGAUUUUAAAUCAGCUCAACGUUCAGCUGCAAACAGGAUCCAACAGACCCUCAAACCAGAACCAGAACCAGAAACCAGCUGUGUGUCCUUAAAGAGCGAUGCUUCAAAGGGUCUUGAUAUUGAUUUUAAAUCAGAUCAACCUCCAGCUGCAAAGAGAGUGGACCAGCAGAACUCAGAGGUUCCCAGUGGUCUGUCUGCCCAGCAGCAUCAAACACAGCUGGACUCCAUAUUUAUGCUGCUGGAGGACAACAUUGUUACUUUUGUGAAGAACGAGCUGAAGAAGAUCCGGAAGGUUCUGAGUCCAGAUUACCCAGAAGGCUUAGAGAGUCAGUGGGAGGAUGAAGAGGUGUUGGAAGAUGAGGAUGAAGAGAAGAGGAGGAGCAGCAGAGAGGCUUUUGUGAAGAUCACACUGAACUUCCUGAAGAAGAUGAAGCAGGAGGAGCUGGCUGAACGUCUGCAGAGCAGGUUUUUUUCCUCAGUUUGUCUACAUAAACUUAAAUCUGGUCUGAAGAAGAGGUUCCAGUGUGUGUUUGAGGGGAUCGCUAAAGCAGGAAGUCCAACCCUUUUGAACCAGAUCUACACAGAGCUCUACAUCACAGAGGGAGGGACUGGAGAGGUCAAUGAUGAACAUGAGGUCAGACAGAUUGAAACAGCAUCCAGGAAACCACACAGACCAGAAACAACCAUCAGACAAGAAGACAUCUUUAAAGUCCCACCUGGAAGAGAUCAACCAAUCAGAACAGUGAUGACAAAGGGAGUGGCUGGCAUUGGGAAAACAGUCUUAACCCAGAGGUUCACUCUGGACUGGGCUGAAGGCAAAGCCCACCAGAACAUCCAGUUCAUAUUUCCAUUCACCUACAGAGAGCUGAAUGUGCUGAAAGAGAAAAAGUUCAGCUUGGUGGACCUUGUUCAUCACUUCUUUACUGAAACCAAAGAAAUCUGCAGCUUUGAACACUUCCAGGUUCUGUUCAUCUUUGAUGGUUUGGAUGAGAGUCGACUUCCUCUGGACUUCCACAACAAGGAGAUCCUGACUGAUGUUACAGAGCCCACCUCAGUGGAUGUUCUGCUGACAAACCUCAUCAGGGGGAAACUGCUUCCCUCUGCUCUCCUCUGGAUAACCACACGACCUGCAGCAGCCAAUCAGAUCCCUCCUGAGUGUGUUGGCAUGGUGACAGAGGUCAGAGGGUUCACUGACCCACAGAAGGAGGAGUACUUCAGGAAGAGAUUCAGAGAUAAGAAGCAGGCCAACAGGAUCAUCUCCCACAUCAAGACAUCACGAAGCCUCCACAUCAUGUGCCACAUCCCAGUCUUCUGCUGGAUCACUGCUACGGUUCUGGAGGAUGUGUUGGAGACCAGAGAGGGAGGAGAGCUGCCCAACACCCUGACUGAGAUGUUCAUCCACUUCCUGGUGGUUCAGACCAAAGUGAAGAAGGUCAAGUAUGACGGAGGAUCUGAGACAGAUUCACACUGGAGUCCAGAGAGCAGGAAGAUGAUUGAGUCUCUGGGAAAACUGGCUUUUGAUCAGCUGCAGAAAGGAAACCUGAUCUUCUAUGAAUCAGACCUGACAGAGUGUGGCAUCGAUAUCAGAGCAGCCUCAGUGUCCUCAGGAAUGUUCACACAGAUCUUUAGAGAGGAGAGAGGGCUGUACCAGGACAAGGUGUUCUGCUUCAUCCAUCUGAGUGUUCAGGAGUUUCUGGCUGCUCUUCAUGUCCAUCUGACCUUCAUCAAGGAUGGAGUUAAUCUGAUGGAAGACCAAAAAAAUAUUUCUGCUUUGUCUAAAUUAUCUAAGAAACCAAAUCUAUUAAGACUCCAUCAGAGAGCUGUGAACAAGGCCUUACAGAGUCCAAAUGGACACCUGGACUUGUUCCUCCGCUUCCUCCUGGGUCUUUCAGUGGAGACCAAUCAGACUCUCCUGCAAGGUCUGCUGACAAAGACAGGAAGUAGCUCACAGACCAAUGAGGGAACAGUUCAGUACAUCAAAAAGAGUUUCAAACAGAACCUGUCUGCAGAGAAAAGCAUCAACCUGUUCCACUGUCUGAAUGAACUGAAUGAUCGUUCUCUGGUCCAGGAGAUCCAACAGUCUCUGAAUUCAGGAAGUAUCUCCACAGAUAAACUGUCUCCUGCUCAGUGGUCAGCUCUGGUCUUCAUCUUACUGUCAUCAGGAGAAGAUCUGGAUGUGUUUGACCUGGAGAAAUACUCUGCUUCAGAGGAGGCUCUUCUCAGGCUGCUGCCAGUGGUCAAAGCUUCAAACAAAGUUCUAUUGAAGAACUGUAACCUCUCAAAGAGAAGCUGUGAAGUUUUGGCCUCAGUUCUCAGCUCUCAGUCCUCUAAUCUGGGAGAGAUGGACCUGAGUAACAACAAGCUGCAGGAUUCUGGAGUGGAGCUGCUGUCUUCUGGACUGAAGAGUCCACACUGCAAACUGGAAACUCUUAGACUUAGAUCCUGUAACCUCUCAGAGAGAACUUGUGAAGUUCUGUCAUCAGUUCUUAGCUCCCAGUCCUGCUGUCUGAGAGAGGUUGACCUGCAGAACAACAACCUACAAGAUUCAGGGGAGAAGUUGCCGUCUGGUUCAGACUGUACACUGGAAAUUUUCAGGAAGCCUGAUGGAGUCCGAUGGUUGAAACCAGGUCUGAGGAAGUAUUCCUGUCAGCUCACAAUCGACACAAACACAGUGAGCAGAAACCUCAAACUGUCUGAAGACAACAGGAAGGUGACACGGAUGAAGGAACUUCAGUCAUAUCCUGAUCAUCCAGACAGAUUUGAUGACUGGUGUUCUCAGCUGCUGUGUAGUGAUGGUCUGACUGGUCGCUGUUACUGGGAGGUCGAGUGGAAAGGAAGAGUUUAUAUAUCAGUGAGUUACAGAAGAAUCUGGAGGAAAGGAGACAGAGAUGACUGUUGGUUUGGAUUUAAUGAUCAGUCCUGGAGUCUGAGAUGCUCUGAUGGUCGUUACUCUGUCAGACACAAUAAAGAAGUUACAUCCAUCUCCUCCUCCUCCUCCUCCUCCUCUUCCUCCUCCUCCUCCUCCUCCUCCAUCUCUAACAGAGUAGCAGUGUAUGUGGACUGUCCUGCUGGCAUUCUGUCCUUCUACAGAGUCUCGUCUGACUCACCGAUCCACCUCCACACCUUCAACACCACAUUCACUGAACCUCUUUAUCCUGGAUUUUUGAUCGGUUCUGGUUCCUCAGUGUUUCUGUGUUGAGUCUAAAGAGUCUAAUCCUGUCAGAGAAACACUCUCACUGUUGAACAGAUAGUUCAGUCUCUACAUGUCUGUCUCUUUCACUCAGAAACAUUUUCACAUUCAGUCGGUUUCUUUCUGAAACUCUUGGAAAAGAUUCCUUGUAAACUUCGUCCUCUUCCAGCCCUUUAAAGAUGGAAGCUGGGAUUAUUCCAGGAUCCAAAGGUUUGGUUCUGUUUCCAGUCAAAGCUUCAUUUAGGAUUUCCCCCCCAAUGUGCAUCCAGUGCUAUACCAAGACUGCUGCUGGAGUUGGUUCUUUACUGGUUCUUUACGUCUCUUCCAGUAAAUGUUUGAUCCUGGCUCUUAAUAUCACCAUCAGAAGAAGUUUUAACAUUUCUAUCUCCAAUCGUUUCUGUCAUGUUUCUUGUUUGUGUCACUAAUGUAGUUUUUCUUCAUUUGAUCUGAACAGUUUUGUACUUUAGUCCUAGAUAAACAGGCUGCCUCCUCAGGAUCUGUGGGCUGUGAAGCUCAGGGUUUCUGGAACUGAUUUGUGAUGAAAAAUGAUGACGUGAUUGGAGCUGCUGUUUUAACUGCCCAGGUGGUUGUUCAGUUCCUCACUGUUAGUAUCUGCUAUGUUUUAAUGAGCCAGAUCAGUUCACAAUAUGACUUCUGAUAAGACUGUUCCUAAAAGAAGAAUCAUUCCAGACUAUCUGUGGCUGAACUGCAGAUGAUGGAAAUGUAAAUAUUGGAGAAUAAAACAGUAUUUGCUACCA